GCGCGCGGUGCCCUGUGGGAAGCUGGAGGAGCAGCGGGCGGAGGGAGGUGCAGACUCCGGAGUCACCUCCCCCUGAGGAACCGCAGGAGCUGAGAGAGAGGCUGAAGCUCAGAGUGACUCACCAUGUCCCAGUCAGGAGAUAAGAAGCUUCCUUCUGAGACAGCGGGCUACGUGGGAUUUGCCAAUCUGCCGAACCAGGUGCACAGGAAGUCCGUGAAGAAGGGUUUUGAAUUCACCCUCAUGGUGGUUGGUGAAUCUGGCUUAGGAAAAUCCACCUUGAUUAACAGCCUGUUUUUGACUGAUCUUUAUCCAGAACGAUACAUUCCUGGAGCUGCAGAGAAGAUCGAGAGAACAGUUGAGAUUGAAGCUUCUACGGUGGAGAUCGAAGAGCGAGGAGUGAAACUCCGGUUGACGGUGGUCGACACACCGGGAUAUGGAGAUGCCAUCAAUAGUCAAGACUGCUUCAAAACCAUCAUCUACUACAUCGAUAAUCAGUUUGAGCGGUACCUUCAUGAUGAGAGCGGGCUGAACAGGCGCCAUAUUGUGGACAACCGUGUCCACUGCUGCUUUUAUUUCAUCUCCCCUUUUGGUCAUGGGCUGAAGCCACUGGAUGUGGAGUUCAUGAGAGCGCUCCACGGCAAAGUGAACAUCGUGCCGGUGAUUGCCAAGGCGGACACGCUGACGCUGAAGGAGCGAGAGAGGCUGAAGCAUAGGAUCCUUGAUGAAAUCUCUGAACACGGCAUUCGGAUUUAUCAGUUGCCUGAUGCAGACUCUGAUGAAGAUGAGGAGUUCAAGGAACAAACCAGAGUCCUGAAGGCCAGCAUACCAUUUGCUGUUAUUGGUUCUAACCAACUCAUUGAGGUCAAAGGAAAAAAGAUCAGAGGCCGCCUUUACCCUUGGGGUGUGGUUGAGGUCGAGAAUCCAGAACACAAUGAUUUCCUAAAGUUGCGGACUAUGUUGGUGACACAUAUGCAGGACCUACAAGAAGUGACCCAGGAUUUGCAUUAUGAGAACUUCCGCUCGGAGAGGCUGAAACGUAGCGGCCGGCCGGAGGGGGAGGAGGUGGUAGACAAGGACCAGAUCCUUCAGCAGAAGGAGGCCGAGCUCCGAAGGAUGCAGGAGAUGAUUGCGCAGAUGCAAGCCCAGAUGCGGAUGAAGCCUGGGGAGGAGUGAGGGCCUCUGUGCACAGCAGCACAAGAUAUCGCGAUGCUUUGAUGGGAGCUUUGUCUGCUUACGGAGCCCUGCGGGACGAUGGCAUGGACCCUGCCUGAUCUGCAAGGAAGAUGCGGCUCCAUCAUUGUGCUACUUUAACCAGAACGAGAAAGAAACGUACUAAAGUGUAACUGGCCCAGACUCUCGCUCUUUGCCUUUUGCUAACUUGUCAGGCUUUCUUUACUAAGGGCUUCUCAUUUCCUCCUGGUGUUCGCCUCUUUUCUAUAAAAUCAUGUGUCGCUAUUUCUCUAGGCUCAUGACCUCAAUGGUACGAAAUCAUAGGAAAAAACCCGCUCUCCCCGACACUGCUCGUACCAAAGGGGGAGGGGCCACCCUGGAAAAUGGGCCUUGGUUUUCAGCUAAUGACCCUCAUUGGCAUUCCCUGGUUAAAUGUGUUUUCUGCCCAGUCUGAUCGUCUCUGUAUUGUCAGAAGAUAUUUUUACAAUUCCACUUGUGAUGUCUUUCCACAAACAAAUUGACGUAAAAUGUGUAUAUGUACACGAAUAGAUAUCUGCAUGGAUAUCUACCUUGUCCUUCCAGGAGGUCGUCUGUGGCUUCCUUCCAUGUGCUUCACGACCUGUGCUGUGUUCUUGCUUGGGGCGUCACAGGGUCAUGGUGACCGAGGCAGCUUAACUCAGAAUGCAGCAUCUAGUGCCUUGUGUACAAACACUCCCGGGCCCCUCGGCCAACCCCCUUCAGUGCCUUAAGCCACCCCUUCCUCGUGGGAGUGUUUCCCAAGGGAUGCCUUCUCCCUUGGUAAGCUAGCUCUUUAAUGGAAAGGUGCUACAGAGCUGCCUAGUAUGCAUAGCCCAUGGACCUUUUUUUCUGGACAUCCUCCAGGGCCGGGCCCCUCCCUCUUGAUUGAUUUCUAGGCCCACCUGCAGGAGAAAUGAUACCAUCUGGGGGGUCUUGUGUGCGGAAGACCAUUUAAAAACCUCACCAUGGACCACACGCUUAUUUUGAGACAUGCUGUGUUUGAGUUAAGCCGACCUCCCCACUCCUAAGUGAACCUUUUUCUUAAUCAAUCACAUGCCUAUCCUAUCUGCUCUUACACCAUUUCCUCUUCCUCCCACUCCCCCCUGAGCUGUGGAAACAGGCAAAGCCCGGGCAUCACUGCUGAGGGAACCAGGAAGCCAGUCAGUCUGUAAUGUAAAGGAAACCCCCCAGACAAGCCCAGCCAGCCCUUCAGCCCCCAGGGUGGGCAUGGGGGGACACCAGCUUCCUGAGAGCACCUGCAGCCCCUGGGCACUUGGGGCCCUCUUCUUGUGUAUAGUGUGAGCUUAGGGCCAGCCAACACUGUACCUCUUUUGCCUUCCGUGCCUUCUUAUGUCUUCAUUUAGGUUUCUGGUCUAGGACUGUACUUGAAUGAAUUCUUCUGCACAGUAGCCUGCAGUACAUGUCUGUGCCAUGUCAAUGCCAUGGUGCUCUGACCUAAAAGCCUUCUGUGUAAUCCCACCUUCUGGGUUUUGUGAUUUGAUUUUAUGGAAUAUACUUAACCUUAUUAAAAAGUUUCUGUUUCA